GGUUCAAAAACUGCCGAAUGUCAACAACACAUUAAGCACACAAUGACAACAUCAAAGCUGAUUUAUAUCAGAGAUCAGUUGGAAAUGGAAAAAAUCAGAUAUGAGAGGCUGAACGAUCUUUUGCACAUUAUGCAUGUUUACAGAGUAGAAAAACAAACAGCAGGAAGAGACGAAUAUGGUAAUUAUUCCAUGAGUAAGAGACGUGUAAAAUAUAGAGCACUCGUCGAAAAUUUUCUCUGUACGGAUGUAUUAGAUUUUGUUAAAACGAGAGAUAUUCGAUUCAGUGGUACGGUACAUGCCGUCGGUAGCUGCUCUGCCGGAGUAUCAGUUUCUGCAAACGAAGCAGAUCUUUUGUUUAUGAUAGACAUUGAUGGGACUUUAAGAGACUGCGAAGAACUACCAGGUUAUGCAAAAUAUCAACUUUCAUGUAGCAGUUUGGAGAAAUGGAAAGACUGCACAACAAGCGAAGGGUAUAUGAUGUCGAGGAAAAUGGCAUCUUUGUUUUACCAUUACGUGGAAGAAGCUUUGAAAUCUGACUUACUGACUUAUAAUCUUGCUGUAUCAGAAGACGAAACUAGUAUUACCCCGGUAGUACGUCUGACGGGCAUUGGAACAAUAGCCACUACGGUUACGGUCGCUUACAGCACGACAGAUAUUAUAGAUAUCGACCUGGUUGUAGCAGUUAGCUGUAAGGGAUUACCCCCUUUGGCAACCGCCACUUGGCUUCAAGGCAAAUCAUCCUGGCCAAAUUCUAAAUCGGUUGAAAAAAUAAAAGAAUCUGGAUUUCAACUUGUUUCAAAGGCACCAUAUCCAUUAAGCGAAGAUGAAGGAACGACGCUGUGGCGUAUUUCGUUCUCUUUGGCAGAAACGAUACUCUUACAGGAUUUGGACGAAAACAUCAAAGCGCACGGGCUCUGCACUAAAAAAUGUUUUGUACUGAUGAAGUUCUUUAGAAUGGGUUAUCUGGCUCCGACAGAGAGGAAUGUAACACCAAUACUAAAAUCGUAUUACUUAAAAGUCUUGUUGCUCUUUGAAUGUCAUGAGUAUCCAGAUCCCAAUUUUUGGACAUCCGACAAGUUGGCGGAACGAUUUUUGUCAAUGUACCAGCGGUUAUACACAAUGAUAGAUGAUAAAAGGAUUCCAGAUUUCUUUAUGCCGGCGGUGAAUAUUAUGACUAGUCCACUUGAUGCUAUAAGAUCCAAUCUAAGAUGUUUGCUUCACCAACCAGAAGAAGCACUUAAGACCUGGAAGAGCAAUAUGAAUAAAAAAUUCUUAUUGUUGUUAUAAACAUAUCUAAUAUUCGGACAUGAGAACAAGUAUUAUCAAAAGAAAGUGGUAAAGGAGAUAGGUUACCUUAAUAUCUGUAUGUGCGCAUGCUCAAGCGGAAGCUAAUGUGACGAUUUACGACGACAUUUACGACGAACUGUAUGUUUUUAUAUAUCUAUUCAUCUGAAAAAAAAUCAUGAACUUGCAUCCGAUUUGAUGCUUAAUGGUUGAUAAUGCAGAAAUGCAGAAAUAAUGAAUAUAUUACCGCAGAAACGCUUCUAAACAUUGUUACCUCAAAAUUACGUCAUUGACGACAUGACGUUACGUGUCAGCUUCCGCGUAAAAUUAAUAGCUUUUAUUUUGAAAGUACGUAAUUCUGUGCAUUUUCUUUAUUUGAUCUAUUUUUAAACAGCCAUUAUUUCAAUGAGUUUUUCGCUCUUAAUAAUGAUCAAUAUUUUGCUUCUUUUAUGUUGUUAUAUUGAAAUGUUAUGUAGAAUGUAAGAAAAUGCACGAUGGUAACUGAUGUUAUUGGGAAUAUAGUUGGAUGAAAGGUAACUUAUUUCGGUCAUUUUCAAAUAAGAAAUAGGCAGUUUGAUUUGUAAUACCUAUUUUUCAGUAUCCGUUGAUAAUUUGUUACUUAUACAUUUUUGUACACUAAAACUAAGCUCUAAAUUUUCAAAUUUCAGUAGAAAUUAGUGGUUUCUUGAAACAAAGCCCGUGACCUAUAUUUAUCCAAACGUAAAAUUUAAAAGCGUUGACACUGGUUUAUUUAAGGGACACUGCUUCGGCUUUUAAUUUGCAUUUCAACAAUACCCAUGAGAAUAAUAGCAGCAUGCAGAACGAUAUUUCCAUAAAAAAUGUUAGACGAGGGGUACUGCUGUAAGUACUUUAUAAGCUGUAAAAUGUGCUUAAAUAAAUGCAAAUAACACUAAAAUAUUACUUACGUUUGAAAUCAGAUAUUUCAAAGCUACAUUAACAAGAAAGGUAAUUUUAUAUAAUAUUUUUUUAUAAGAAAUUACGACAAAAUGCAAGAUAUAAACUAUUUUAAACAUCUCUGUUGCGAUGGUUACAUUAAACUUUAAGAAAAUAG